GCGGGUACUGGCACUUCCGGAAUAAACAGAGCUGUCUGACCGAGAUGUGGUUUCUAACUUCACUCUCUAAUCCAGAUAAGCGAUAUGUUUUGUUAGUUGGGAAGAGCUAUAUUGUGGGCCGGAAGGACUGCGAGAUCCUCGUGGAGAACGAUGCUGCGGUCAGUCGUAAGCAUGCCGAGCUCACUGUGACCCACCCAGAAACUAAUCUGAACAAACCUACAUUACUACCCACAUUGACCGUCAAAGAUCUCUCCAAGUAUGGAACGAUGGUCAACGAGAAUAAAGUUCAAGGUCAGGUGACAGUCAAGGAUGGAGAUGAGGUCGUGUUUGGGUCACCGAAGUCGGCAUUCAUAGCUGUGUACGAGCCACUUGUUGUUUCAACUUCCUGUCUGAGUCCGAACUUGAAGAAGCAGGUUCGCCAGACUGUGCUGCGGUUGGGCGGCCACAUUGUGGCAGAGUGGUCGCGGCAUUGUACUCUUCUUGUCAUGACUUCAAUCAGCGUCACAAUCAAGGUGGUGUGUGCCAUGGUCUCCCUGAAAUCGAUUGUCUCCCCUGACUAUCUGGACGCCUACCUGCAAUCACUGGAGACUGGUAAAGAACAGCCAGAUGCUGAGAGCUACCUGCCCACUGUGUCAGAGUCUCAGGUGGAUCCGACUGAAGUCAGUUUCACCAACAAUCCUGAACGCAAGAAAAUCUUCCAGGGGAAAACUUUCAUAUUUCUUCAGCAAAAACAGUUCCAAAAGAUGAGUCUGGCGGUAGAGCUUGGGGGCGGGAUGCCACUUCUGAUGGAGACUCGUCCCCAGGGGCGGGGCGACGAGGCUGUUCUAACACAUAAGGACACCAUCGUCAUGAACUGUGGCCCGGACGCUGGGCCGGCAAACGAGUGGACAGAAUGGUACAAAUAUAUGGAGAAGUUACUGGAUAGACACAAAAGACACAUGAGUCAAGAUGCAGAGCUAGGAUUGGCUGUGUUACACUGUGAUACAGAACAAUACUGUAAUCCUUGUGUAGACUUUGCGAGUCAGAUGGUGUCACGACUCCCAAGCCAGUCCCUGUCCCAGGCCCCAGUGUUCACACAGACAGAAACUGAAAACAGGGGAGUGAAACAAGAGAAGACGACUCCGCCACCAACUACAUCCAAACCUCCCUGUGUAAAAUCCUCUCCUGCACCUCUCAGUGUAAAAGGCAGAGAAUCACAGAGAAUAAAAGGGCCAUCUCAAGGAGAUCAAGACACAGCAACAACCUCUACAGCUAGAGGUCAAAUUUCACAAGCAUACAAAUCACAAAACUCAAGUCUUAAACAGAAAUCACGAUCACCUUCCCCUAAGAAGCAACAGGAUACAUCAAAAAUGUCACCUCUCAGAAGAAGUCCUAGGUCAAGGUCUCCAUCACCAGUUCCUGUCACAAGUAAAACUUCCAAUCUGAGGUCAAGGUCACCAGCACCUGCAGAUUUGAGGUCAAGGUCACCAGCACCUCCAGAUUUGAGGUCAAGUUCAAGUUCACCAGCACCUCCAGUUUCCAAGAGGAUAAAUAUGACGUUGUCUUCUGUUCCUGAAGUUGUGACCAGUAACUCAGCAUCCCCAGUAACAAAAAAGGGGGGUAAAGGAGGUCCCAAAAACACUAGAAAUAACAGUCCGGAGAUUGUGGUUGUUAAAAAGGAGAAAGUUGUGCGAGAGACAAAGACUCGACCUGGAAAGAGGCAGAUUAUUGAAGAUGAGUCAGAUGAGGACUACGGUUUUACUAGAAAAUCUAAACGGAAACGUGACAGUCCGGAUGAGGUUGAUAAUGAGGACGAUCCUUUUGAUUGGUCAAGUCGUAAAAGUGCCGCAAAAACCUCAUCAAAGUCGGAAAGAGGUUUGAAAGUAGAAAAAGAUGAAGAUAUUGUGAUAGAGGACUCAGAAUCUGAGACAGAAGACUACAGAGGUAAAAUGUCAAGGUCUAACAAAGGUCAAGAGGUCAGAGUUUCUGACUCGGAUUCGGAUUCUGGAGUCAAAUGGACAAGUAAAGGUAAAAAUAGGUCACCAAAAGGUCGUAAAGGUCAACAGACUAAAGAUGUAGUAGAAUUAGUCGAGGAAUCACAAAAAAUAGGUCAAAAAAAGAGAAAGUUAGACGAUUCAUCAGAUGAGGAGGAUCAAGGUCAUAGGUCAAGGAGGAAAAUAAAAGAAGAACCAGGAAUCAGCACAUCUCCGACCUCCUCUAGGGGUCGCCAAGGUAACACUAGGGUGGAGGAACAGGAGCAGACCGACAGACAGGAAAUGGUCACUAAACAGGAGAGGAUAACUCCGCGUAAACCAAUCUCAGACAGAACAGUAGGCCAGGAGAAAGUACAGGCAGGAACACGCCAGCAGGAGCAGAGGAUGUCAUCCCCAUCACUUCCUGGAUUCCUGUCUGCAGUAAGAGGACAAAAUGAGGACGAGAACAAUCACCAUGGCAUCUAUGUUAAGGAGGAAGGGAUACCAACCGACCUUGUUCAGACAGUGUUCCUUGACCUUGUGACUCGACGACCUUCACGACCCCAAAACUCUCCAGAAAGAUCAGGAGGAGAUGUUCCUCCGGGAUAUUCACGAUGGAAGGGCAGCAUCGUCAAGAACUUCAAAAAGUUCAAGAAGGCUGGAUUUGCAGGCCUAGACCGACUUCCCAACAUCAUCGGAGGAAGUGAUCUUGUUCCACAUGCAGCAUCACAGCGACGUGAACUUGACGAGUGGUUCAAGGAAGCGCAGGAGGCGGAGAGUCAGCAUUCUGAGGCGAAUAGGCGAGCUCAGGAACUCUUUGAAUGGGAACCUCGAUCUCAUUCUAAUAAUAGAUCUCGCUGAUGACAUUAUACUUGACCAGUCUGAGUUAGGUGACUGGUCACUACUUCACGGCAUGGCAGACAUCUUUCACCAGUGUGAUUGGUCGUUUCAAAAAUUGGUAGCUGAUUGUAUCGCCAUUACCAGUUCUAUACUGACAAAUCGGGUACAAAAUUAUCAACUUAAUGGACGCGUACAGCACUUCCUUCAUUACUUUUGUGAAUAAAAAAUAUGCCUAUGUGUCGGGGAUACGAAGUGAUCACUAAUGUUCAAUGAUACACCACACAUUACUGGGACAGUUACCAAAUUGCAAAAUCCAAAAAUUGUCUAGAAAUUACAUAAAUAAUUUUCCAUAUUUGACAAAAAAUGGUGUAUUAUGACAUAAUUCAAGCAUUUCUAGGAAAGCAUUUACUGCUUGUUAUCAUUCACUUUAUUUUAUCAACUUACUUUUCAGAAGAGAACAUUACGUUACAUUUCACUCAACGUGAAUGUCUUGCAUCAUGUGUGGAUUUUUUGUGCAAUUGAACUCAAAUUCAUGAUCAAUGCUAUCACAGAUUUACACCAAAAUAGUGUGCAAAUUUUAAGUGUUAAUUAAACUUUAAAUAUUUUCUUAUGUUUGUUUUAUUAAAAUGAAUUGUUAAAUAU